CAACAGAAAUGAAAUGAAAUGAAAAUAAAUAGAAAGUUGGUUGACGAAAACACAAACUAAACCAGGAGAGGAGAGGACUCGCGGAGGUCGAACGAGCGGACUUGGCGAGCCCCACGGCAAACGAGCUCCAAGCAGAGGUCGGCUCCGGCGAAGCCAAAGGCCUCCAGUAACCACCAAGGUGUUGCCAAAAUAAUAAUUGGUCCCUUAUAGUCUUCAUUCUUCUUUGUUAUUGUUUUCUGGUGUUUUUUUUUUUUUUUGGGGUUUGUUUUUUUUGUUUCUGUUGAAUCCGUUGGGUUCUUUCCAUCACCAUCGCCUCCAUCUCCGUCUUUCUGGUCGAUUUCUAAUCGUGUCUCAUUCACGGUAACAAGAGAGAGACAGAGAGAGAAAGGAUUUGUCUAUGAGCAUGCCAUGAUUUCUCGCUAUGCGUUGGCUACCGCAAAUCUCGUUCUCGUCUCCGUCAUCUUCUCCAUCUUCUUCUCUCAAACCGCUGGCUUCUUACUCUGAUUCUCCAGAUCCCGAUUGGAAUCUGGAUCGGGAUCGAUUCCAUCGCCGCUUGUUUCGUUUCCGUGGGAGGCGUGAGCUCACGCGUCAGAAAAAGCUCCGUCACUUGACGGAUGACGAUGUGUUGGGAGAUUGUCGUGCAUCAUCGUCUUCUUCCACCGUCGACUUCGGUCUAACUCGCUCUCCCAGCGCUCACACGGCAGUUCCUCGCUCCCCUUCAGCUCUUCCGUUACCAUUGCCUCUGCCGUUACCAGAGGUCGCUUCAGAUUCGAGGAAUCGUAAUAAUGCCGGAAACGGUAGAGGAUUGGAGGAGAGAGAUCGUGAUCCCGAUAGGUUUAUUGCUGAUCGUACCUCGUCUGGUCCUCCUCUCACCAGCGUCAAUGGCGUUGCCCGUGACUCGACAAGAGCCUUGGAGAAUUCUUCAUAUCAAGAUUUUAGCUGUACAAAUAGUCCGAGAGGCAGGAAUGGUUACUGGUUGAACAUUCCAACCAUGAGUGCUCCAACGAGUCCGUACAUGAGCCCUGUGCUUAGUCCACACAGGACGAGCACUGGCCAAGAUCUGCCUUUUUUUUAUUUGCCUCCCAAGAGCAAUCAAGCAUGGUCUGCACCUGAUAUGCCUCUUGAUACCUCUGGACUUCCUCCUCCUGCAUUUUACGACAUCACUGCCUUUAGUACAGACAACUCUCCAAUCCAUAGUCCACAACCUCGAAGUCCUCGCAGACAGAUCAGAAGCCCACAGCCGAGCAGACCAUCUUCACCAUUGCACUCGAUGCUUUCUCAUGAGCACUCUCCUGCACCUCGUGAUAGUGUUUCCUCACCUUUGCAUCUCAGGCUUUCCACUGAUGUUUCAAAUGGACGCCGUGAAAACUCCAAUGUUCAUCCUUUGCCCCUCCCUCCUGGAGCUGCUUGCCCGCAGGCUCCUCUCAAACUGGAUUCUUUCCCGAUGAAUUCUCAGUGGAAGAAAGGGAAGCUUAUAGGCCGUGGCACUUUUGGAAGCGUUUACGUCGCCAGCAACAGCGAAACUGGAGCAUUGUGUGCGAUGAAAGAAGUCGAGUUAUUUCCUGAUGACCCGAAAUCUGCAGAGUGUAUAAAACAAUUAGAGCAGGAGAUCAAACUUCUCAGUAACCUUCAACACCCUAACAUUGUGCAGUAUUUUGGUAGUGAGACAGUAGAAGAUCGUUUUUUUAUAUACCUGGAAUAUGUUCACCCGGGUUCAAUUAACAAAUAUAUCCGUGACCAUUGUGGUACCAUGACAGAAUCUGUUGUUCGUAAUUUCACUCGUCACAUUCUGUCUGGGUUGGCUUAUUUGCACAACAAAAAGACAGUACAUAGGGAUAUCAAAGGUGCUAAUCUUCUUGUUGAUGCUUCUGGGGUUGUCAAGCUUGCUGACUUCGGCAUGGCUAAGCAUCUUACAGGGCAAAGAGCUGAUCUCUCGUUAAAGGGAAGUCCGUAUUGGAUGGCACCAGAGCUCAUGCAAGCCGUGCUGCAAAAAGAUAGCAACCCAGAUCACGCUUUUGCUGUUGAUAUAUGGAGUUUAGGAUGUACAAUCAUCGAAAUGUUCACUGGGAAGCCUCCAUGGAGUGAGUUUGAAGGGGCUGCAGCUAUGUUCAAAGUCAUGAGAGAUAGCCCGCCGGUACCUGAAUCGAUGUCACCGGAGGGCAAAGAUUUUCUAAGAUUAUGCUUCCAGAGAAAUCCAGCUGAGCGACCAACUGCAUCUAUGUUGCUAGAACAUCGGUUCCUAAAGAACUCUCCGCAACCAACCUCACCCCGCAACAGCGAUGUCUCGAAUUGUUCCCAGUUAUUUAACGGGAUGAACAUAACGGAACAAAACAUUAGAAGGGAGAAACCAAAUUUCAAUCUAGAAAAGGUUCCGCGUGCUAGAAACGUGACAUCCUCAGAGAGCUUCUUCACGCGUACUUCUUUUUCUCCAGUGAAAGUUGGCAGCAGCAGCAACAACAAUACCGGUUUCCCGAUCUAACCGGAACAGUGUCCCGUCUCUCCCCUCGUUCCACUCUCGAGGCUAUUCCUAGCCCGUCUCCUUCCCAGCGGCCUAAGCCAAGCACUGACCGGAGAAGAAUCUGCGUCUCUUCAGAUCACCUUUGAUUUGCACCAACCCAACGAUAACAUUAGAGUUUGGAGUUGUGGGGAUGAAUGAAAUUUUGUGGGUUGAAGAAAUGUGUAACAUUUAAUCCAAUGUCUAAUCGAUAGAAGAGUCCAUUUUUUUCCACUGCCCCCUUUUUUGGCUUAUGAGAGCUGUGUAUAAACGACGUCUUGUCUUGUGUACAUUUGGUUUCGGAUCUGUAUCAUUUUUAGAUUUAGAUCCAUUUAAAAAAAAAAUUAAUCUCU